UCUCGUUUUUACACACAGUGGAUGAUUGAGUUUCUCUUUAUCUUUUCUGUGCUUCACUAGAACCUAACUGCAGACACCCGGGCAUCACUUGUUGAGAGGCCCCAUUAACAAGUUGGCAGCUGGAUUGGGUGGCUGUGACAAACAAUCGGAGGCUUGCAUGGGCCCCUUCUGCCGCUGGGGCCACCCACUACUACGCCCUUGUGGAAGGGGUUCACCUCCCGUUUCUUAAUCAGCACAGCUGACAAAGCAAUCCAAGGAGACUGAGCCCCGCACUCCCUCACCAGUAUCAGCCACUCUGAAGGAAUAAAAUGUCGCUCUCAUCUAUCCUUUCUGCUGAUGCCAUCGACAGUGCUAUCAAGGACUGCCAAGCUCCAGACUCCUUCUGCCCUAAGAAGUUUUUCCAGAUCUGUGGCCUCACCAAGAAGAGCCCUCAGGAUAUAAAGAAGGUUUUUGGGAUCCUGGACAAUGAUGCCAGUGGCUUUAUUGAGGAAGAAGAGCUUAAGUUUUUCCUCCAGAGGUUUUGUUCCGGGGCUCGUGUUCUGACCGAUAAGGAGACCAAGGGCUUCAUGAGUAUUGCUGAUGAUGAUAGUGAUGGUCGGAUUGGAGUAGAUGAGUUCCAAGCCAUGGUCUUAUCCUAAACAGCUGGACUCUUUCACUCCACCUAGACCCCCCCCCCCCUUCUCCCUCCCCCAUUCAGCUGCUUCAAGGGCUCUUAGUUUAGUCAAUUAUUUCUAUUUAGUUAGAUAAAAUGGUCCACAGACAUCUAUAUUCUUCUCUUAUUUUAGGUAGUUUCUUUCUAGAUAGAGCCUAAAACUGUAUUGUCCAAAUACAUGUG